UUUUCACAGCUGUUGCAACCUCAGCUAUGGAUAAAAUCGAGGAGAGCCCCGGAACCCAAAGGAUUCGUGGAGCACUCGUCCAGAAUAGAUAUCCUCUCCCAGAAGCCAUUGUUCAUUUUAUGGAAGAACGGCGAAGUGAUUUCAGUUUUCAUGGACCCGUCCGAGACAGUUUCCUCGGCAAAUUUUAAACGGGGCCUGGCUAGUCUGCUACAAUAUCGGGUUUUCGACAGCGAUGUUUGGGAGAGGGACGCUUCCGGUUUCUGUAACGUGACCUACCACUCUCUAGGACCGAAGACAAUUAAAAAGGAGAAAAUCCAUUGCGAGAAAAAUGGUUUGCCUCCGGUGAAACGGCACCCUAAUCCGUUGUUUGGUGUCAAAGUAGCUGGUUCGCACGUUUCUACUUAUGAACUGACUCAAGAGCUCGUACCAAAAAUCGUUGUUGAGGAAGAGAGGCAUAAAAUGACUUUGACAGCUAGACCG